GCUUGUGUAGACCAUGGGUGUGAUACCGGGGAGGGUUUUGUGUGUGUGUGUGUGUGUGUGUGUGUGACUUAAUGUCUGUCUGCCCUGGAUGUGUUUGUCGCUGGCUGACUUAGACACAGUGUCUUGGGAAUGUGUGCACACCUGUCAGCCCUGAGUUUGUGUGUGUGUGCUUGAUGUAGCCCGCCCUCAUUUCCCUGGGUCCUGAGUGUGGCAGGGAACAGCAAGAGGCAGAUAAUAGGGGCUGUUUUCAUUCCACAGCAAAGAUUCUAUUCUGCAGUGUGGUCUGCAAAAUGCCUUGCCCAAGAUUUAUAGACUCAGUUACCACAUCUGUCCACAUCUGGGUGGAGCUUAUCCCAGGCCCCACCAGACUCUGAGGGAUGGCUGGGCCAAGGCAGCCUGGAGUACUGAUGUGGCGCAGGCCAGAGGGGCUGCAGGCAGUCUCCUGCUGCACAGGGCACAAAGCAUGUGCACAGCCAGGUAUCAUCCUGCAGGACUCAGAACAGUCGAGAUGUAAGGAAUGUCAUCCCGGCCUCAUACCUGGGGAGCUUUCUAAGACUCCCAAGGAUGGGACUUAAGCAUCUUGCUGGGAUGAAUAACGGGAUGAGUGCUAAUAGUGACCACUUCCUAACACCCACCCUGCAACAGAUGCGAGCCACUCCUCUGGCUGCUCCUGCGGGUUCCCUGUCCAGGAAAAAACGGUUGGAGUUGGAGGACAACUUAGAUGCCGAGUGUCCAGUCCAGAAACGAGCUCGAAGCGGGCCCCAGCCCAGGCUGCCCCGCUGCCUGUUGCCCCUGAGCCCACCCCCUGCUCCAGAUCGUGUACCUGCUGUGGCCACUGCCUCCCGUCUUGGGCCCUAUGUUCUCCUGGAGCCUGAGGAGGGUGGGCGGGCCUACCGGGCCCUGCACUGCCCUACAAGCACUGAGUAUACCUGCAAGGUGUACCCCAUCCACGAGGCCCUGGCCGUGCUGGAGCCCUACGCGCGGCUGCCCCCACACAAGCAUGUGGCUCAGCCCACUGAGGUCCUGGCUGGUACCCAGCUGCUCUAUGCCUUUUUCACUCGGACCCACGGAGACAUGCACAGCCUGGUGCGAAACCGCCGCCGCAUCCCUGAGCCUGAGGCUGCUGCGCUCUUCCGCCAGAUGGCCACCGCCGUGGCGCACUGUCACCAGCAUGGUCUGGUCCUGCGUGAUCUCAAGCUACGUCGCUUUGUCUUUACUGACUGUGAGAGGAAGAAGCUGGUGCUGGAGAACCUGGAGGACACCUGUGUGCUGACCGGGCCAGAUGAUUCCCUGUGGGAUAAGAACGCAUGCCCAGCCUAUGUGGGACCUGAAAUACUCAGCUCACAGGCAUCAUACUCAGGCAAGGCAGCGGAUGUCUGGAGCCUGGGCGUGGCACUCUUCACCAUGCUGGCCGGCCACUACCCUUUCCAGGACUCAGAGCCUGUCCUGCUCUUUGGCAAGAUCCGCCGCGGGGCCUACGCCUUGCCUGCAGGCCUCUCAGCCCCUGCCCGCUGUCUGGUUCGCUGCCUCCUUCGUCGGGAGCCAGCUGAGCGGCUUACAGCCACAAGCAUCCUCCUGCACCCCUGGCUGCGGGAGGACCCGAUGCCCUCAGCCCCAACCCGAUCCCAUCUCUGGGAGGCUGAUCAGGUGGUCCCUGAUGGACCGAGGCUGGAUGAAGCCAAGGAAGAAGAGGAAGACAGCGAACUGGUUCUGUAUGGCUAGGGCCACCCCACUACACGCUCAGCUGCCAACAGUGGAUUGAGUUUGGGGUGGCUCCAAGCUUUCUCCUGCCUCUGAGCUGAGCCAAACCUUCAGUGCCUUUAGAAGGGAGAAAGGCAGAAGCCUGCAUGGAGUGUGCUGUGUACACACCUGCUUUGUUCCACACACAUGCAAUUCCUGCUUGGGUGCUUAUCAAGCGCCAAGCCCUGUUCUAGGUGCUGGGAACACAGCAGUGAGCAAAGGAACAAUACUCCCUGCUCAUAGAGAUGACAAACUGGCAUUCCUGAGCUGACAACACUUUUCUAUGGCCAUCGGUCACUGUCUACACUGGGUACACUUUGUGCCAGUGUCAGCCUCCACUGGUACUGGUGUUCAGGCACCUCUGUCCAAGGACAAUCCGUUUCACAAACAAACCAGCUGCCUUUUUAUCUUGUACCUUUUCAGAGAAAGGGAGGUAUCCCUGUGCCAAAGGCUCCAGGCCACUCCCCUGAAACUCAGGACCCAAGCCCAGCUCACUCUGGGACCUGUGUUCCCAGCAUCUCUGUCCUCUUGAUCAAGAGAUUCUCUUUCCAGGCCCAAGCCCGGGAUUUGGGCCAGAGAUAAGAAUCCAAACUAUGAGGCUAGUACUUGUCUAACUCAAGAAUGUUCUGGAAUGAGGGUCCAGGCCCGUCAACCAUGGCACUUCUGACCUAAGCACCAAGAUUGAGGGACAGGAUUAGGCAGGGUCUGUCCUGUGGCCACCUGGAAAGUCCCAGGUGGGACUGUUCUGGGAACAGUUGGGGUCCACGAUCCCAGGUCGAUACUCUAGGUUUUGGAUGCCAUGAGUAUGUAUUUUCACCUGUGCCUAAUAAAGAAUUAUGAAAUA